GCAAUGCCGGAUCCUCAACCUGCUGAGCAAAGCCGGGGAUCAAACUUGCAUCCUCAUGGAUACUUGUCGGGUUUGUUAACCACUGAGCCACGGUGGGAACUCCUGCUUGCUUUUUUUCUCAAGAGGCAGGAGUCUGGACCAGCCAUCUUCUCUGGUGAACACUGAGCCGGUAAUGUAUUUUUAUCUUUUUUAAUUUCCAUUAUAGCUGAUUUAUAGUGCUCUAUUUCUCUUUAACAGCAACGUGAUCCAGUCAUACAUAUAUAUACAUAUCAUUUUCUCACAUUAUCCUCCAUAUUACUCCAAAAAAAGUGACUAUAGAGCAGGAUCUCACUGCUUACCCACUCCAAGUACUAGAGUUUGCAUCUAUGAACCUCCAAAUCCCACACCUUCCCACCCUCCCCCUCCAAUCUGGCAACUACAAGUAUGUUUUCGAGUCCAAGAUUUUCUUUUAGGUAUAAAGGUUCAUUUGUGCCAUUUGUUAGAUUCCAGAUCCAAGGGUAUCCUAUGGUAUUGUUUUUCAUUUUCUGACUUAUUUCACCUCAUAUGAGAGUUUUUAGUUCCCUUGAUGUGGCUGUGAAUGUCCUUUUUGGAUUUUUAGGCUGCGUAUUAUUCCAUUGUGUACAUGUACAACAUCUUUUAAUCCAUCCAUCUGAUGAUGGACAUUGAGUUUGUUUCCAUGUCUUGGUUGUUGUGCAUAUUGCUGCAAGGAACAGAGCAGUGCAAGUAUCAUUUUAAUUGAAUAUUUGUCCAGAUGCAUGCCCAAGAGAGGGAUUGCUGGGUCAUGCAUUUGUUCUGUAUGUAACUUUGGGUUUACCUCGAUUGUGUUGUCCAAGGUAUUUGUACCAAUUUGCAUAGCCCCUCUCCCUGUAGGAGGGCACCCUCUUUCCACGCCCUCUCCAGGAUUUGUUUGUAGACUUACUAAGGAUGGCAUUCAGACAGGUGUGAGGUGGUACCAAAGGGUCACUGUGAUUUGCAUUUUUCUCCUAAUGAGUGAUGGUGAUUCUUUCUUUCCUGUGCUUGUUGCCCCCCGUAUAUUAGGUUUAGGGAAAUGUCUAUUCAGGUCUUUUGGCCAUUUUUCAAUUGGGUUAUUUGGUUUAUUUAUUUAUGUAUUUAUUUUUUUGCGUUGGUUUGUAUCACUUAUUGAGCUGGGAAUUUGGAAACCAUCCUGACCUGCACUUUGGGAACUUGAUAUAGUGCCUACAUUAUGUGCAUGGAAGGUGGUACAAAGUUGAUUUUUGGGUGAGCAGCUGUGCUAAUCUGUGUAUGUCUUCUCUCAAGAGGUCUCUUGAAACUCUGUCUUUUGCUUUCCCUGUGAGCCAGCCACUUUUGUUCUGUCUAUAUGCCCAGUAUGAAGACCUGAUAUAAAGCCAGGUUGGGUGAAUUAAGGCCGGUAGAAUGUAGUAAGAAAGCUUUCAUGGAGAUCCCUCCAGGCUCCCUGGGGAAAAGAUUUAUCUGCGUGGCUGUAGUGUGUUUUGUAUCCUCUGUGGCUUGCAAACUGUUGAUGGGCAGACAACCCAAGCUCGCAUCAGGUGGGGUCAAUGAAGGAAGAAAGAGGGAAAGAGAAAAAGAUAGAAAAGAAAGAAAGGAAAGAAUCACGAGUUUAUUGUAGGACUGAAGGAAUAACAGUUGGAAAAUGAAGAAAAGAUCAAGAGUUCCAGAUACAUACACACCUGUCUUCAUAAAUAUACCAGUGCAGGAUUAUCUAAAAAAGGAAGAAGGCUGCCAUGACAGGAUGGGUCCAGAGCAGAUGGUUUGAAUGGAGUGCUUUGGGGUAGGUUCGCCUGAGGGCUCUGAAAGCCUUUGAGCAAGAAAGAGCCCCCUUGGACAGGUUCUUCUUGGGAUUUCAAUCAAGGGGAGGGAGAGAAUCCACCUGGCAUAGUGCCCAGGGACAGUGCAGCCCUGGAGGCUGCUGAGCCAGAGAGAGGAGGAAACCCUGGGACACCUGUUCGAGCAGAUGUCCACAAGAUGGGCCAGAGGACCUUCUGAACCCAGGUGCAGCUCCAGGGCUGUUGCAGGCUCAGAGGUGGGGAUGAUGGUGUGUUGGGCAGAACCCAUAGCAAGCACCCAGAGGUUUGGGUUUGUUUGCUGGGCACCUGGGAAUCUCUACUCUAAGAUGCCUCAUGUCAGGCAGAGGACACAGGUGUCCCUUCAGCAUUGGAUGUGGCUGGGCAGCCUGGUUGGGUGGCAGUGUGUUUGGAAUGCUGAAGGGAUUCACUGGGUUUCCAAAUGCCUUGUGUUCCUCCAGAGGCAGGAGCCGAGACCCACACAGCAUCUGUGUUGAAAGGUGAGAUGGCCAUGUUGAAGCCCCUGGUUGUCAGGGCUGUAGGGAUGUGGAGAGAGAGGCUGGUGCUGACAAAAGAAUGGGGAGACUUGGGCGGCAUGAUGGUGGGCAGCUGUGCUAAUCCCUGUGCUUUUCUUGCUCAAGAGACCUAGGGAAAUUUCCUUCUUGCCUUUUGCGAUGAUCCUCUGUUUUCACUACCGCGCCACGGCAUUGGAGGCCCGACCAAAGCCAGGUGUGAUGAAUUAAGCAGGGUGGAUUGGUAUCACCAAGCACGCUCUCAGGGAGUUCCCUCGUGGUUGCUGGGCUUAAAAGAGUCCUCUCUGUCACUACUGUGGCUGUGGUAAGAGCUGCGUUGGGAGAUCAAACCCUGGCCAGGAAAUAUCCCAUGUGGCAGGUGGCACCCAAAUAGAUUUUAAGCAAAUGAAGUGUUGAAUGAAUGAGGUCAAUUAACGAAGAAGUCGAUAAAUACAUCCAUCCAUCCAUUCCUCCAGAGCAGCUAAGGGAACCGAUAAAGUAGUAACAAAGGACCUCCUGACCCUAUACCUUUGGUGACAGAGGGUUUUCAUUAGAGGCCUGAGGUAACAAAAUGGAUUCAGUUUCUGGCCAGACAGUGUCUGCAUGCCACAAGUGGGUGCAGAAAAAUAAACAGGUAAGUAAAAAAAAAAAAAAGAUGUUAAUUAUGUUAAUUUAUGUUAAUAGAGAUAAAUUCUUUAUUUAUGCUAAUAGAGAUAAAUUCUUACACUCUAGGGAAUUAUUACCCGUUGGAUGUCACAUUGCUACAAAAUUUUGACAGCUUCAAUGGAGUCAGGCUGCCUGUUGUUUUUUCUCGAGAGGCAGGGGUCUGGACCCAGCCAUCUUCUCUGGUGAACACUGAGCCGGCAUGGCUGUCUGUCUACCUGGGUGGGCUCUGUGCGCGCUGAGGUCCUGGGCUCCAAAGGACGUCGUAUGGCUCAGUUUACCUGGGUGCCACGUGCCACCUGGGAUGUUGUCUGGCCAGGGGUUGCUCUCCCAAAGCGGCACUUACCGCAGACACCGCAGUGACAGACAGAGACGCUUCCGCCUGGCAGCCCCGAGAGAACUCGCUGAGAGCCUUCCCGGUGGAACGCAUCAAGGCGGCUUCAUUCCUCGAACCUGGUGUCGGGGAGGCCUGCCCGCCCUCGCGCCGAACUGCAAAGGGCGGCUCGUCUCCCCAGGCCAGAAGGACCUUGCCCUCGCCCCAGGGGCCCAGAGCACAAAGCCGGUCCUCGGGGUGCUUGCCGUGCGGGGCGGGGGGGGGGGUUCCGCCCAGCACCCCCUCCGCCCCACCUCCGAGCCUGCUCCUGCCGCCUGGGCAGAGCGCACCUGGGGCGGCGAGGUCCUCUGGCGCCGCCUUGUGGACAUCUGCUCGAACAGCAAGUCCCAGGGGUUCCUCCUCGCUCUGGCUCAGCAGGCCCCCGGGGCUGCCUGGGGCCUGGGCCCUGGGCCCGGGGCCCGGGGCUGGGUGGGUUCUCUCCCUCCCCUUGAGGGAACUCCCAAGAAGAACCUGUCCAAGGGGGCUCCUUCUCGCUCAGAGGCUCUCAGAGCCCUCAGGCCCACCUGCCCCAAGCCCCUCCGUUCCACCCACAUCCCCCCCACCCCCCGCGAGCGUCGGUCGCCCGCCCUCGAGGGUCGGCCAGCCACAGAGGGUGCCAAGCUGGCCCCAGCGACCCAGACAGACCUUUUCCCCAGGGAGCCUGGAGGGACCUCCGGGAGGUCUUUCCUGCUCUCGUGCUACCGGCCUGCGAUCGCCCGAGCUGGCUCGAGAGCAGCUCUUCAUACCAGGUGUUUGGCCAGAACCAAAGCGGCUCACAGGGAAAGCCAAAGGCGGAGGUUCAGGAGACCUCCUGGGAGAAGGCACACCGGGAGGGGCGCGGCGGCUCACCCCGCUGUCACCUCUGUCCCGCCUUCCCUGCACGACGCGCAGUCACCCGACCCGGGCCCCAAAGCCCAGGUCGGGAUGGGGCUUCCCUAUUCCCAGCUCAACCACGGAAACAACCCAGCCCCCAGGAAAUAA